GUUCAUUUUUCGGUGGCCUGCCGGUGAGAGUGCCUCGCGGAAGCUGUGAACUUCCUUUGUCCUUUAGCGAAUCGGCAGUGCCUGCGCAUCUCAGUGCAAUGCGUGCGAAGAUUGUUAAUGGCAUAGUAUAUUCACCGUACCCUGAAUUGGAGGACUUCAAGGAUGUCUCCACAUUCACCUACUUGAACCGAAGAUUGCAAAAAUACGGGGACAAAACCGCACUGAUACACGGACAAGACAAAGUAGGCUACUCGGAGUUAUUGGGAAAACUCAAGGCCACGGCCAGCGGGUUUCGGUCGCACGGAAUCGGCAGUGGUGACCGGGUUCUAGUACAUGUAGAGAAUUCCAUUGACAGUUUUGUUGCAGCCUGCAGCAUCCCGCUGACUGGUGCCACGCUGGUUACUUCUGACGUUACGUUUAGCGAAGAAGAGCUUCUUGACCACGCAAAAAGAACAGACGCCACUCACUUGCUUACAGGAAAAGCUUAUGUUGAUAUCUUCAACCGCAUAUCAUCGGUUAUAAAGUUCAAGUCAAUGUUCUCUUUCACGGAUAUACCGGGAUACAUCAACGUCACAAAUUUCACGAGUAAUAAAAGCGUAAAGUACACGGAAUCUCUGAGUCAUCACACAGGUGCCAAGUUUGUUUGCCAUUCUACAGGAACAACUGGCGUUUCAAAAAUUAUUGAAAUCACGGAGGAAACAUUCCUGUCACAAGUUUGCUGCCGAGAAAAAUUUCAGCUUGCGGUACCGGACGAUGUGUGCAUCGGAGGAGGCAACAUUUCCUUUUACGUUUGUUUUACGUAUGUCUUCUUCGUCAUCUCAAUCGGAGGAACAAUUGUGCUUCUCGACAAAUACGAUCCAAUGCCUGACGUCUUCGCCGCGUUCCGAGAUCACAAGGUGAACGUUGUGCAUGGAACGCCAACGAAGCUCCUUGAAAUCGUUCAUGAAGCCAAGCGAGCUGGGCAGUCGUUUCCGCUAGUGAAGAAAUUCACCAGCCUGGGAACACUUAUGACGGAAAGAACAAAAUUGGCGAUCUUGGCCGCGUGCUCACCGUCCGAGCUCCGAAGCUGCUACGGAAUGACUGAAGUGAGCGGGUACCUUGCAGCGCCGCCUAGCGGACAGAUCACGGCAGGUGACGUAGGCUUCCCAGUCUCUGCAGCACGAAUGAAGGUUGUGGAUCCGAACUCCGGAGCCGUGCUGGGGUCGAACCAGCCAGGGGAAGUGCUCUUUCACACACCUCACGUUAUGGUCGGCUACUACAAAAACCCGGAAGAAACGGCAAGCUUCACCACUAAUGACGGUUGGAUACGUACAGGUGACUUUGGUUACUACGAUGAAGACGGCAGGCUGUUCAUCCAGGGCCGCCUAAAGGCCACCAUAUUACCAACGAAAAUAUGGACUGGACUUCCCGAAAUAGAAGAGUGCCUUGCAUUUCACCCCAGCGUUGCCGAGGCCACUGUCGUGCCGACUGUGGGCUCCUACGCUGAAGGAUUUCCUGCAGCCGUUGUUGUCGCCAGGAAAGACAUGGAGCAAAGUCAAGAUCUCGCAGAGGAGAUCAAGAACUUCGUCAGAGAACGCCUGCCUGAAGCUCCUCAGUUGGAUGGUGGCAUUUUCUUCAUUGAUGCCAUUCCAAGGAGUGGAUUUGGGAAGAUCAAACGACGUCUGCUAUCGGAAAUUCUACCCUCUUUAAGAAGAAUGGAUGUGCCGUGUUGUAAUAUUAACGGAUCCGUGAAAUAAAAACUUUCCUUACAUUCUGCGAUACAUUCUCGAAAGGCGCCAUUGUCAGGAUGCUGUACUGAUGCUCUACUGGUAAAGCAGCAUGUAAUGCUUGUCAGUAGUUUCGUUA